AUGAAGAAACGUCUCCAUUUCCCAUUGCUUCUCCUCCUCCCCUUUCAAAUUAUUCUAUAUUGCAGCACGAACAGGGUAGGGGCUGUUGAUGCUCAUACAGAUACUCUUGCACUUUUAUCUUUCAAGUCCAUAGUCUCUGACUCCCAAAAUGUUCUUUCUGGGUCUGCACUUGGUUUGGUGUCACUUGUGCCAACAACGGAACUAGAGUUCUGUCACUUCGUCUUGCUGGUUAUGGGCUCUCUGAAUAUUAACCUUGCAAGAAACUCCAUUAAUGGUACAAUUCGAGUUGGUCUUUCUCAUUGUUAUAACCUUGAGGAGAUUUAUUUUGAGCACAACCAACUUAUUGGGAACCUUCCAUCUGAACUUGGAGAUCUGCCGAGACUCAGAAUUCUUGACGUCGCAGCGAAUAACCUUACAGGUGUAAUCGCUCCAACAUUUGGAAACCUCACCUCUCUUACUGUUCUCAGGCUAGCAAGAAACCAAUUCUUCACCAAAAUCCCAAAUGAGUUGGGUCAUCUCCAUAAUCUUCAAAGACUUCAGCUCUCAAAGAAUCAGUUUGAGGGAAAGAUCCCUUAUUCCAUCUACAACAUCUCUUCUUUGAUCUACUUAUCUGUAACAGAAAAUAUGCUUGUUGGAGAACUACCAACUGAUAUGGGCCUUGUACUUCCAAACCUGGCAGAAGUCUACUUAGCACAUAACCAGCUGGAAGGGCCAAUUCCCAGUUCUUUCUCUAAUGCUUCACAAAUUCAAGUCCUAGACUUUUCUUCAAACCACUUUCAAGGGCCAGUUCCUCUACUUGGUAACAUGAAUAAUCUUAGACUCCUACAUCUUGGCCUGAAUAAUCUCUCUUCCACCACCAAGCUUAAUCUUCAGGUAUUUAAUUCACUAGCAAACUGUACACAGUUGGAGUUUCUAUAUCUUAAUGAUAACCAGCUAGCUGGUGAGCUUCCAACUUCAGUUGCGAAUCUUUCUACUCAUCUCCUUGAAUUUUGCUUUGGCAGCAAUUUUCUGACUGGUAGCAUUCCCCAAGGAUUUGAAAGAUUUCAAAAUCUCUGGGCCUUGGACAUACACCAAAAUCUUUUCACAGGUAUGAUACCAAAUUCCCUAGGAAAACUUCAGCAGCUACAGAGAUUAUUGGUUGAUAAUAAUAUGUUAUCCGGAGAAAUUCCAGAUAUCUUUGGCAAUCUUACACGACUCUUUCUGCUGACAAUGGGCUACAACCAGUUCUCUGGUAGAAUCCCCACAAGUAUUGGAGUGCCAGAAUUUAAAGAGACUGGGUCUAAGACAGAACAAGCUCAAUGGUAG